AAAGAAAAGUUUUAAAAGCAAGUUGUCAUUCUCAAUAAUUGGUUUUGUUGUGGAUACAAACCAUCAAAACCAAAGGCUUUGAUUUUUGUAUUUCCAAAAAUGUCUCACUUGAAGUUGUAGUACAUAUUGAAACCAUUCUUGACCACUAGAAAUUGUGGAUGCCAUGGCCUUCCCUUUAUAUUGCUCUUCUCAUUUUCCAACCCAACUCAUCUUUGUGGCCUUCACAAAUAUUGCUGAGCCGUUGUAAGCCAUAGAGCCAGCAACAACCUUUUAGUAGAUUUCUCUUCCUCUCUAGCUCCAAACAUGGUUUUGGCUGCAUCAAAUGAUGGAAAAAGUAGUGAAAAUGAUGGAGUUGUGGUUGAUUUUCAUGGAAACUCUCCGGAUAAGUCCAAGACUGGUGGAUGGCUUGCUGCAGGGCUCAUUUUAGGAAUAGAACUCUCGGAGAGGAUAUGCGUGAUGGGAAUAUCAAUGAAUCUGGUGACUUACUUGGUUCAAAUUUUGCAUAUUCCAUCAGCAAAAUCUGCAACAAUAGUGACCAACUUCAUGGGCACUCUCAAUCUUCUAGGCCUGCUUGGAGGUUUCUUAGCAGAUGCUAAACUAGGGAGGUACCUAACUGUUUCCAUCUUUGCAGCAAUAACUACUCUAGGUGUUACUUUGCUAACAUUGGCUACAACCAUCCCUUCCAUGAGGCCCCCUAAAUGUGACAACUACAGAAAUCAACAUCAUCAAUGCAUUGAAGCAAACGGCAACCAACUUGCCCUUCUCUAUGCAGCUUUAUACACCAUAGCGCUUGGUGGAGGUGGGAUCAAAUCUAAUGUCUCUGGUUUCGGGUCUGAUCAGUUUGAUGACUCGGACCCGAAGGAGGAAAAGGCCAUGAUCUUCUUCUUCAACAGGUUCUAUUUUGGUAUAAGCGUUGGGUCAUUGUUUGCUGUGGUUGUGCUGGUUUAUAUACAAGAUAAUGUGGGCAGAGGAUGGGGUUAUGGUAUAUCGGCUGGAACGAUGAUUAUUGCACUUCUUGUGCUGCUCAGCGGGACAACGCUUUAUAGAUUCAGGAAACCACAAGGAAGCCCUUUGACAGUGAUAUGGAGGGUGAUACUGUUGGCUUGGAAGAAGAGAAAUCAGCCUUAUCCUUCUCAUCCUAGCCUUUUGAAUGACUACCAUGACGCCAAGGUCCCCCACACACAGGGAUUCAAGUGUCUUGACAAAGCUGCAAUUAUAGAUGAUCAAGCUGGUAUUGGUGUAAACAAAAACAAUCCUUGGAUAGUAUCAACUGUGACCCAAGUGGAAGAAGUAAAAAUGGUACUUAAGCUUAUCCCCAUAUGGUCCACUUGUAUCCUCUUUUGGACCGUCUACUCCCAAAUGACUACUUUUACAGUUGAGCAAGCCACUUUCAUGAAUAGGAAGGUUGGGUCCCUUGUUGUCCCCUCUGGCUCUUUCUCUACUUUUUUGUUCAUCACCAUUCUCCUCUUUACUUCCCUAAAUGAGAAACUCGUUGUCCCUCUUGCUCGAAAAAUCACCCGCAACGCCCAAGGACUCACAAGCCUCCAGAGAGUUGGAAUUGGACUUAUUUUCUCGGCGGUUGCUAUGGUGGCUGCUGCAGCAAUUGAAAGAAAAAGAAGGGAGUUUGCCGUUCAACGAAAUGGCAUGAUAUCAGCUUUCUGGCUAGUCCCUCAGUUCUUUAUUGUUGGAGCUGGGGAAGCUUUUGUAUAUGUUGGACAACUUGAAUUUUUCAUCCGAGAAGGACCAGAGAGGAUGAAGUCUAUGAGUACAGGGCUUUUCCUUAGCACAAUAUCUAUGGGGUUCUUCGUAAGCAGUUUGUUGGUGUCUCUUGUCGAUAAAGUGACCAAGAAAAGAUGGCUCAGGAGCAAUUUGAACAAAGGGAAGUUGGAAAAUUUUUAUUGGCUGCUCGCUGUGUUAGGAUUUGUGAACUUCUUGAUUUUUCUUGUCUUCGCAAUUGGUCACCAGUACAAAACCAAACACAAUAUAAGCCUUGAUGGCAGUGAAAAGGAACUUAAGAGUAAAAAUGAGUUAGCGGUAGAAAAGAUAGAAGAGAAAAUAAGCAUUGAAGCAGUGGAGGGGCCCUAGUAUGCUUAAUUUAAUAAAUCCUAAUAGUUUAUAUAUAUAUAUAUAUACAGAGAGAGAGACAGAGAGAGAGAGAGAGAGAGAGAGAGAGACAGAGACAGAGACAGUGACAGAGACAGAGAUUACGACCCCGGUGUUCAUUUGUCGCUUUGUAUUUGUUCAUUCUUUUCUUUUGUCUGUUUGAUUAGAUGAGUUAUUAUUUAAGCUGCAAUGCAAUAAUGGAAUAUCCAAAAAGUAUUUUACUACAAAA